CAGGCCAAAACCACAUUAUAUAAAGCACACCGGCACGCACGAAACUGCCGACCUCAAACCCUAGCUCACAUUCGCUGAUAGCGGCCCCUCUCUCUCUCUCUCACUCACUAAACCCUAAUUCCACUCCUUUAACUCAAACUUUCCGCAAGAAAAUUUCAAUUGGCUGAAAACGAUGUCGGAUGAGGAAAGGGAGGAACGGGAAUUGGAUCUUACCUCACCAGAAGUUGUCACCAAAUACAAAUCCGCCGCUGACAUUGUUAACAAGGCACUGCAAUUAGUAGUGUCCGAAUGCAAGCCAAAGGCUAAGAUUGUUGACCUUUGCGAGAAAGGAGAUGCUUUCAUCAGAGAGCAAACCGGGAACAUGUACAAGAAUGUAAAGAAGAAGAUUGAAAAGGGUGUUGCUUUCCCAACCUGCAUAUCAGUGAACAACACAGUGUGCCAUUUUUCGCCAUUGGCGAGUGAUGAGACUGUGUUGGAAGAUGGAGAUAUUCUGAAAAUUGAUAUGGGCUGUCAUAUAGAUGGCUUUAUUGCUGUAGUUGCUCACACCCAUGUACUUAAGCAAGGACCGGUCACCGGCAGGGCAGCUGAUGUCAUUGCGGCAGCAAAUACUGCUGCAGAGGUUGCCUUGAGGCUCGUGAGGCCAGGGAAAAAGAACAAAGAUGUCACUGAGGCAAUUCAGAAAGUCGCAGCUGCUUAUGACUGCAAGAUUGUUGAAGGUGUUCUAAGCCAUCAAAUGAAACAAUUUGUGAUUGAUGGAAACAAGGUUGUGUUAAGUGUCUCAGGUCCCGAUACCAGAGUUGAUGAAGCAGAAUUUGAGGAAAAUGAAGUGUAUUCCGUUGACAUUGUUACAAGUACUGGUGAAGGCAAGCCAAAGUUGUUGGAUGAGAAACAGACGACUAUAUAUAAGAGGGCUGUUGACAAGAAUUAUCACCUAAAGAUGAAAGCAUCUCGGUUCAUAUUUAGUGAAAUUAGUCAGAAGUUCCCGAUCAUGCCAUUUUCUGCUAGGGCUUUGGAAGAGAAACGUGCUCGGUUGGGUCUUGUAGAAUGCGUGAAUCACGAUCUUUUGCAGCCAUAUCCUGUACUUCAUGAGAAGCCUGGUGACCUGGUUGCACACAUAAAGUUUACUGUUUUGCUAAUGCCAAAUGGGUCCGAUCGAAUCACAUCCCACCCUCUACAGGAUUUGCAACCCACAAAAACAGUUGAUGAUCCUGAGAUAAAAGCCUGGUUAGCAUUGGGAACAAAGACAAAGAAGAAAGGUGGUGGGAAGAAGAAGAAAGGAAAGAAAGGGGACAAAUCAGAUGCAGCUGAGGCUGAGCCUGUGGAUACUGCCCCAAAUGGAGGAGCUUCCCAAGAAUGAGAAUGUUCCUGUUUUAUUUGUAUUUGCACCAGAAAUUUUGGCCGCCCCAUUGUAUUUGGUUGCUUGAAGUCCUGAUGUGAAUCCUAACGUAAAACAAUGUGUCUUAUUGUACACAGCUUUCUUGGUCUUUCUGUAUUCAUUUUGUUUCUAGACAGGAAAAAAAUACAUCUAUAAAUAUCUUACGAAGAAAGUACAACGAAAGUUUAGGGUAAUGUCUCCAGACAACACUCACGUAUUGGGGCAAUUAAUAUCGAAAUGUUGGAAAAGAUGUCAUUCUCGCCGUUUUA